CAGCACAGUGUAUGGUUUGGGCAUGCGCAAUAGAUUAUUCUGUGCAAACCUUUCGAAAUCGGACCGUCCAUAGGAAGCUGGCGUUUGUUUAAUUUUAUUCUUGUGGCUGUUGUGAAUAAUACGGUUGUUUUGAUUGGUGUAACAUCAGAUAUGGCCCGUGGGCACCAGAAGUUUCAGUCCCAGCAGAAAAACGCCAAAAAGCAGGCUGAAAUCAAGAAGAGCAAAGGCCAUGACCAGAAGGCAGCAGCCAAGGCUGCCUUGGUAUAUACAUGCACCGUAUGUCGGACACAAAUGCCUGACCCCAAGACCUUCAAGCAGCACUUUGAAAGCAAACAUCCAAAGUCUCCAAUGCCCCCAGAGUUAGUCGGCGUGGAGGCAUAAUACAUUCACCUCUCCUACUGAGACAGUUCAAGAUGAUUCAGGACAGGCCUGUCUACACUUCGGACAUAUACAUUGAGUGUUUCAGAAGAAAUAUCUUUAUAAUGUUGAUUGUUUCUCCAGCCGAAUGAUCUGUGUUUGAGUGUUUUUAUGCAGGGAUGGUACUUACCUACUGGGUUGUGAUAUUUUAUUCCAAUUUCUUUUAUGUUUUGCCUUGCCCUCACCUGCCAAAAUUUGAUCUGGGGCCAUUAUUAGAGGCUAGAAGAUACACAACACACUGGUACUCUCUCUUGACUUGCUUCAAAAAGUGUUAGGUCAUAGACUGUAUGCAGUAUUUGAUCAUUUCAAAUGGUAAAGUUACAAGAGCAGCUUGUCUGUGUGCUUUGUAGCUACUACACCAUCUCAGGUCUCCCAUUGUUGUAGAGCAAGCUGUGAACAUAUGAGUUGGCAAUGUCUCUGUUUGGCCAAGUUGAUGAUGAUGAUGAUUGGAAGUUCUUUACAUUUUGAUCCAGAGUGUCCCCUACUGGUUCUGGACAGAUUCUUUAGUCAUGCCCCAGGUUUGGGCUCAUCAAACCUGGCACAUACAACCAUAUUAUUAUAGUUGUUUGUUCUGUUUUACUUCCAAGCUGCACUGAUAUUGGAAAAUUUAAAUAGAGCCUAGCUUGUUUUUUUUUCUGUUGAUAUGAAGAAUAUGUUGAAGACACUGUGUUACACGGAUACAGAAAGUGCUCCUUCUACCCCUAAGAUGUUCUUGAAUUGUAUGUAAUUCAUGUGAAAGGUGGUGCAGAAGACAAGCAAAAGUUAAAUGGGCGACACUGAAAGUUUAUCCACAGCAAACCCUAUCCAGGGCAAAGUCAUUUGACCUCUGCUGCAUAAAGCAUUUUCUCUCCAAGAAGUGGUCUCUUCCUUAAACUUUGUGCAAAGUGAGCAUUGUUACUGUUAGUGUUGAUGGGUUACUGGAGUUCCCACAGGUUGUCCUAGUAAAACAUUUGUGGCAAAUGUGUGCACAGCUAGUUUUGAUCAUUUAGUUUACCACUGUGGAAUUUUGCAGUGUAAACUCUCUCAACAGUCAUCUUUAUGACAUUUCAGAACAGUCCCAAGUGUGGUCUCUGUUAUCCAGUCAUGAUUGUGGAAAACUCUGAACCUGCAUUAAAAGUCUGAAUUGCAUUACACUGUAAGUUAGCCUCAGUUCUUAUUUUUCUAUAAACCUAUCAUGACAAACUAACAGAUUUAAUAUAUAGAACAGAACAGCUUUCAACAGGUUUGGACCUUCUGGUAAUGAACCACUGACAUUGUAUCACUGUGCUACAAAUCUGGACUGACAACCAGCCAUGUUUUUACUUUUGUAAUAAACAUAUCUUGUCAGCGUAAUGUAAUGUUUAGUCUUUUAAUAAAGGUCUUUUAUAUCAGA